AUGUCAAUAUAUGAUAUUCGGAAGGCUAAUAGCACGUUGCAAACAACGGAAGAACUAGAUGAUGAAUUAUUAUCCAUGACGGUGGUAAAAGAGGGCAAUACAGUGAUUGCAGGUAGUCAGAGCGGAGCCUUGUACAUGUGGCAAUGGAACGCAUGGGACAGUGUCAAGAAAUGGAUAGGUCACCCAAGUAGCGUGGAUGCUCUAUGUAACAUUGACGAAAAUGCUAUUUGUACUGGAGCCAGCGACGGAUUAUUACGGUAUAUUUCCAUCUCUCCACAAAAUUUCGAGGGUGUGUUGGGGGACCACGGACAGGACUUUCCGAUCGAGUGUGUAAAACUUAAUUAUAGCCAUGAUUAUUUGGGUAGUUGUGGGCAUGACUUACGAUUAAGGUUCUGGAGUAUUCAUGAUAAAGACCCUGAUACUCAUCAAAAGAGACAGUAUGAAGAAUUAGAUGAACCAAACCAAUCAGCUUUCCCCUCCAAUAUUAGCAGAUUUGAUGUCCAAGAUAUCGACUUGGAUGGCUUAUUAGCCAAGAAUAAGGUUUGGGCCAACUCUGUCUUGCAAGAAGAUCCCAACUUUUUUAAGCGUAUUGCCAAUGCGCAAAAACCCAAGAUCCUUUGGAUUGGUUGUUCUGACUCACGUGUACCAGCAAACUCAAUCUUGCAGCUUGGUCCAGGUGAAGUGUUUGUACAUAGAAACAUUGCCAAUGUGGUAAGUCACUCUGAUCUCAAUUGUUUGUCUGUGUUACAAUAUGCUGUCGAAGUAUUAAAGGUCGAGCACAUCAUUGUCUGUGGUCAUUACAACUGUGGUGGUGUGGGUGCUGCUCACGGACACGGACAAUAUGGUCUUAUCGACAACUGGCUCCGAAACAUCAAGGACGUUUAUAGACUUCAUAAGAAAGAAUUAGAAGAGAUUGACGAUAGUACUGCUCGUUUACACAAAUUGAUUGAAUUGAAUGUGAUCAAUUCAGCAGAGAACGUCUGUCACUCUACCAUUGUUCAAAAUGCCUGGCAAAAUGGCCAAAAGUUGACUGUUCAUGCUUGGGCUUAUGAUAUUGAGACUGGGUAA